CACCUGGUCUUCUGCGUGGUCUUCCUCCUACCUUCUUCAGAGGUGUUUUUAAAGCUCAUGAAUGUCCCCUCGCCUGCAGUGCUGUGCUGCAGCCCCUCCAGCUGUGUGUUGGUGCUGACGGAGAACCAGGGGGCGUUCACCUCGCCCUGCUACCCCCAGAUAUACCCCAACUCUCAGGCGUGCCGAUGGACCAUGCAGGCGCCCGCCGGCUUCAUCAUCCAGCUCUCCUUCCUGGACUUCGACCUGGAGGAGGCGCCGGGCUGUAUCUACGACCGCGUGCUGGUCAACACGGGGAAAGCGGACGUUAAGUUUUGCGGUCCGACCGCCAACGGGCUGACGCUGAACUCCACCGGGAACGUGAUGGAGCUUUCCUUCAACUCCGACUUCAGCGUGCAGAAGAGAGGGUUCAGUGUUAGCUUCCGGCACGUGGCAGUGGCCCUCAGGAACCAGAAGGUCACCAUCUCCCACGGUAACCAGGUGACCCAGGUGUCCGGCUCCGUUUCCAUCCCGACGCUCACUCACCUGACGCUUUGCUUUGAGCUUGAACGCACCGGCAACAAAAAGAAAGAGUGGAUCUUCACGUACUCGGACAGCAGCAACAACGUGGCUCUGAGUCUGGGCUCGGAGAAGUCCGGCAUGAAGAUGAUCGUGGACGGGGUGGAGUGUCCCAUCGACUCCAUCCUCUCCUCCGCCAACUUCACCUCCACCAUGAAGCCUUUCUGCGUUCUCUGGACUUCUUCCAACGGACACGUGGCGGCCUACUUUAACGGGAACUACUCUGCCAAGAGCUGCUCGGCCUCCAGCGGACACUCGGUGCCGGGCGGGGGGCAGUUCAAGUUAGGAGGGCAGCACAGUUUCAACGGGAACAUCUACAAUCUGCGGCUGUGGGACUACGCCAUGACGCUCCCACAGCUCAACGCUCUGAGCUGCGACACGGUGGGAAACGUGAUCGACUGGGACAACAACCACUGGAGCAUCCAGUCCUCCAUCGCCCAGACUGACACCUCGCUCAGCUGCAGUGAGUACAGAGAGGACUCUUUAAAGUAG